AUUGUCUUUCGGCUUAUAUCAACUGACCUCUCAAUUUCACUCCCUUCGUGUCCGUCUUUCGACAAGUACUGUGUACUUGGUUUUUCUUGUUUCGUUUUUGUGAAUCUUAUUGUCACAUUGGUUACCGCGUGCUCCUAAACCGCUCACUUUAAGACUCCUUGUCUGCUCUCUAGUAAUCUCUUGCUGCGCAAUGUCUUCUACCGCGAUCUCGACGAUCAUAUAUCCAUGUCCCCCACCUACUACAAAUAUCCUUGACUCACAACAGCGCAUGCGUCUCAUACGUUCUGCUCGUAAAUUGGAAGCAGUUAUGGGCACCACACCCUACCUCCUCGAAGCAGACGUUCCUAUCACACUCCUCCCCAUCGGUGUUAAUAAAAAAACAGUGACAGGCAAAGCACUGAAGCGCCAGGGUUCCAUAUUCACGCAUUACCACAAAGGCUCCCCCUCUGUAACAUCAUUUAGCUCAGCCUCAACGUCAUCCUUCCACUCCCCAUCCGCCUCGCUCGUCUCGCUACCUUUGAGCAUGCGGAGCACGGAGUCCCUCUCGGUGACACCGCCAGGCCUGCCCGCGCGUGGCAGAAAGUCGGCAGAUAAACCCAGACCAUUGUACCUCCGCAUGAACACCAUCCCUGUAUCGCCCACCGACCACCACCGUACUACAUCACUACCGCACACACCUUCCUCAGCUCGCACACCCUCCGCUUAUUUCCCCCCUACGCCUCGUACACCAAGUUUCGACGCGGCAGAAUUACGGAGAAAGCGGAUGGCAAAACUUGCCCGUCAUCUAGGCGAGAAUGUGCCUCCUGAACUAGUCACAGCACAAGUGCCGCACGCUCAAUUACCUUCCAAAGAAGGCGUGCCCAAUGGGAAGCGACGCAGUAUGUCCGUCCACGUCACGAGCCCACGAAAUAUACCUUUUGCUCCGAGGCCUGAAGUUCUCCCGGAGACUCAGACAAACAGCGAUUGGGUUGGCGAGUGGAAUCGAUCUGAUAUCAGAGACGUUCAGAGGGAACUGAGAAACCUCAAGGCUGUACGAUGGUGAUGAUUUCGCGAUUUGGAUGACCUUCUGUUAUCCCACUUCACACGAUUUUGUUCUACGCCCGUAUUAUGACAUCCCCACUGGCUGGCUGCAGGCAUCCAGCCAGACGACAUGCAAUUCACCAUUAGUAUUAGCCACAUCUACAUAUGUAUCAUGUAAGGCAUUUGCAUCACAUUUAUAAUUCGUACACUCGUAAGUAUGUACUACUGUCAUUUGUAAAACAUAACAACACAUACGGGGACAUCGAUCGCGAUUUACUCGCCACCCAAGUGUUCCAUGUAUUUGGGGUGGUUCGGAGUCAAAGUAGCCCUAGCUAUGCGUAACCUAUGUGUGAGAUGGGUGGAUGCAGAUACCUGGCGUCGCGCUGCCGCGUCCGUCUCAUUAUCC